AUGGAUGAGUGGCCGAAUAACGUGGAUUCACGUGCGUUGGGAGCAUUUAUUCCCAGUUUUCUCAAUUUGGGAAAGGGUUAAUUUCUUUUUUCUUGGGCUUUUACCCAAAAAAGAAAAAGAAAAUGAUUCAUUUCUUUUCUAUUGACUCUACCCUUUUUAGUUUAUGACUUUCCAUUAUCAUCAUUUUUCAAAUAUUUUUGCUGGGAUAUAUCCUCCAUUUUUAUCAUUAUAAAGUAUAAUAAUAUAGACCAAAGAAGAAGCUAGGUCAUAUAGGUGGAACUGGCAAGCAAUCAAUCAAUCACUGAUACCUCUGUCUCUCUCUCUCUCUCUCUCUCUCUCUCUCUCUCCUGUUUCUUUCUUGGGAAAACUGUUCUAGGGUUUCUGUGAGAGAGCAAGGCUACAAUUACUUCCUUGAGAGUUGGGUCUACUCUCUGAGGGCAGAGAUAAACAAAAGAUUCCAUUGUUUUCUUCCAGAUUAAAAUUUUGUCAGAUCUCGUUUUCUUUUCGGAUCUUCAUCCAAAGAAUUUAUACAUCGGUGAAGAUGGUGAGGGGAAAAACUCAGAUGAAACGCAUCGAAAACGAGACAAGCAGGCAAGUAACUUUCUCGAAGAGAAGGAAUGGGUUGCUUAAGAAAGCCUUUGAGCUUUCAGUGUUGUGUGAUGCUGAAGUCGCACUCAUCAUCUUCUCCACUAGAGGGAAGCUCUAUGAGUUCUCCAGUUCAAGAUACUUCAGUAUAAACAAAACAGUUGAACGCUAUCAAAGGAAAAUCAAGGACCUGGGUCUCAGCACUAAAGGAAUCCAGGAAAAUACACAGCAUGUAAAAGACGGAGACAUCAGCAUGGUAAAGAAGUUAGAGCACCUAGAAGUUUCUAAAAGGAAGCUUUUGGGGGAAGAAUUGGAUACAUGCAGUUUGGACGAAUUACAGCAGCUAGAGAACCAGCUCGAACGCAGCUUAAACAAAAUUAGGGCAAGAAAGAAUCAAUUGUUCAGGCAGCGAAUCGAGAAGCUAAAGGAAGAGGAAAAGUUCCUACUAGAAGAAAAUAAACGCUUACGCCAGCAGUGUCAGAUUGAACGACAGCGUUCUUUCAGUAUUCAAGAUGUGGAACUCGUAACAGAAAAGAGGGGAGAAGAGGUGGAGACGGAGUUAUUCAUAGGUCGACCUGAGAGACGAAUGCCGUAAGAGUUGAAACCUUCAACACAUUGUGCUCAUAAAUAAAUACCAUAAUCUAUAGUUUCAAAGUUAAUAAAGUCCCCACAUGAAUGCUCACUCGUUUCUCUUAGGUCGUUCAUGUCUGACUAAGAUAUAUGUUGUACCUCACAAAUUACAACGGUUUUGAGUCAUACUUAAAUAAUUUAUGUUAUAGUCAUAUUCCAAAGCUGUUUGCUAGAGUACUAUUUCAGUUUUGAACUUUUGAUUUGGCCAAAAGGUGGUGUUAACCUCCGCAUUGUCGAAAUGGACUAAAAC